AUGAAAUACAUUAAAAUUAGUAUACAAAUAGCCCGGUAUCAAGCUCUAGCAGGCGGCAGCGAGCCGCUGCAGAGCUACUUACACAAGCGCCUGGCAGAGAACUUGAACAGCGAAACUGCACUUGGCACAGUGUGCGACGUUGCGCAGUGCGUGCAGUGGCUGCGAUCCACUUUCCUCUACGUGCGAGCGGCUAAAGACCCGAAGAAAUACUUGGGCCUGACGUCAACCGCUCCAGAAUAUUUGAUAUUGAAGAAGAUUGAAGAAUUAUGCGUAAGAGCGAUGAACGGGUUAGCCAGUGCUGGCCUCAUCUCCAUGGACGAGGCAAGUUGCAUCGAAUCAACCGAGGCGGGCCGACUCAUGUCUGUAUUCUACCUGGACGUAGAGACUAUGAAACUUAUUAUGAAGAUAGAGGGCCACGAAUCCCUAGAACGUCUGCUGUGGAUAAUAUGCGAGUGCCACGAACUGGCCGAUAUGCACCUCCGCACGGAUGAGCGCCGAACGCUCAACGCCCUCAACAGAAACAACGCGGCGGCCACCAUACGCUUCCCUAUGAAGGGCAAGAUCAGCACCAGGCAGAUGAAGCUUAGCUGCAUAAUACAAUCGAUACUAGGGUGCCUUCCCAUACCUGACCCAUCCCUCAACCAAGAAGCCAUGAAAAUCAUGAGAAUUGCUGACAGGAUUUGCAAAUGUAAACUGUGCUAA